GGAUUAUACCGUUUAGUGGCUAGAAUACCUCGACACCAUGCCACAUUCAAAAUGGAACGAAAAAUGGCAGAUUGUAAAUAUACCCAGAGAAGAUAAUGGGGCAGCCGAAACUUUGGCUAAAGAAGGAGUUCUUUGGGAAAAUGCUAAAGCGUAACUGUCCAGGUCUGUAUCUUCUCUGGGUUGCUGUCUUUGAUGCAAGUGCUUAACUGGUGUCUCGAGUUUUUUGCCUGCUUAAGAUCUGUUUUCUUAUUGGCUUUCUUUUUUCUGGUGGACGGUUCUGGUUAUGUGGGCUGCCUUGAGGGACGGGAAUAUGGUUCUGUUUCUGUGAAAAGGGUUAUGAGAUCGUGUUUAUGUUCUGUAUCAUCGUACUGUCAUGACCUUGUUGAGUGUUUGUUUUUCUGGUAUUGCAAGGGUUGGCAAUGCAAUUCCUGCUCUGGUUGUAUUUUGGGUGGAGGGUAGGCCUUGCUUGCAAGGGAUAUAGCUGUUUCUGGGUAAUUGCUCUUGAAUCAACCAAUCUCUGUAUCUUACCUACCCUAUGAAAUAUGAACACUAAGAGGAGUUUGAUGUAUAGAUUCAGUAAAAGCAUAUAUUGGUAUUAAUUAAUAUGAAUAUUCAUUUUGGUACGUCAAAUAUGAAAUAUUUUAAGUUUGUACAAAGUACUAAGAAUCUAGUGUAUCUCAAACCUUAAUUAGACUUUCUCGUAUAUACCAAUAAAAAAUAGCGGAUUUGACAUUCGAUUCGAUAAACUCAAAUCUUAAUUAUAGUUGGAUUUGGGGGUUAAAAGUUUAUGAUUGAUGAAGAGGAAUGUGGAAUUCAGGAAAGGGAUUGUAAGUAUGGUGUUGGAAAGAUCAGAAAACUUGCGAGCUACAGGAGCUGCCAUCAUAGUGCAACCAAAUGGGUGGCGUGCAUUGGAUCAACUUGGCAUUGCCUCCAAACUUAGGCAAACUGCUCUGUCUAUACAAUCGGGACGAUACAUUACAGUUAAAGAUGGCAAGCAGAAAGAUUUGCCUGUUGGGGAUGUUGGAGAAUUAAGAUGUUUGAAACGGACUGACCUCCUCAAUGCAUUAGCUGAGAAUCUGCCUGCAGAUACUGUCCGCCUCGGAUGCAAGGUGGUGUCCAUAAAAUUAGAUCCCUCAACGUCUUACCCGAUUCUUCAAUUGCAGGAUGGAAGUGUGCUAAUGGCCAAGGUUGUGAUCGGAUGUGAUGGUGUGAACUCUACCAUUGCAAACAUUCUUGGACUCAACUCCACGAGGCUUUUCUCCACAAGUGUUAUUAGGGGCUUCACAAAUUAUGAAACAGGUCAUGAAUUUGGCAGUGCCUUCCUCGUUUUCAGCAAAGAUGAUGUUCAGCUGGGACUGCUGCCUGUCACUGAGAAGCUAGUGUAUUGGUUUGUAACUAGGAAACAAACUUCUCAAGAUUCAAAGGUUUCGAAAUCUCAAACUCUCAUCAAAGAGUCAACUGUGGAAGCAAUGAAGGGCUUCCCCAUCCACAUAAUGGAGAUGGUAAAGGACAGCGAUCUGGACUCCCUGCAUCUGACGGAUUUGAGGUUCCUAGCACCAUGGGAUUUGCUUGGAACAAAUCUUCGUAGAGGGACUGUGACAGUGGCAGGAGAUGCCAUGCAUGCCAUGGCUCCAUUCCUCGCGCAAGGUGGCUCAGCAUCUCUAGAAGACGCAGUCGUGCUUGCAAGAUGCUUAUCGCAAAACCAAACCAUGCGCGUUGAUGAAAAACAAGCGAAAACGAUGAUGGACAUGGAGGCGGCAUUGGAUCAAUAUGUUAAAGAGCGAAAAAUGAGAGUGUUUUGGUUGUCGCUGGAAACUUUUCUCAUCGGGACCAUGCUCGAUACUUCAACCCUGCUGGUAAAAUGCUUAUGCAUUAUCUCUCUAAUGGUCCUCUUUAGAGACAAGAUUGCCCACACCCGCUACGAUUGUGGUCGUCUCUAAGCAGCAGCUGUUGUAGUUAUUGUUGGACUUGAGCACCCAUGGCUGUGCUCCUCUCAAAUGCCAAAUAAAGUAAACUGAGGAAACAUGACCUUCACAAUAUACAACAGGGUUGAUAGCUAGAAA